AUGACAGAGGUCCCUACAAGUGUUCAACGCGAACUACAAGUUCCCAGGACACUGGCCGCACCACUUCACGAGGCUACCCCUUCCGUUCCCCUCCCCCUUUCCCCCUCGCCGCCACCAUCUCCCAUCUCGCCCUCUUCUUCUCUUUCCUUCCUAGCCCAUCUCCUGACAUGCGACCAUCCCACGCAUCCCGGGCGCACUAGCAAGCGGGCAAUGGCAGCCUCCGCAGCUCCGCCUCCCCUUCACUCCGGCCUGGACUACCUCGUAGUCCUCGACCUCGAGGCCAUCUGUGACGACCCCGCCGACUCCUACCAUCACGAAAUAGUCGAGCUCCCCUGGCUCGUCUUCGACCUGGCUACAAACACCCCGCGCGAUCACAAGCAAAUCUUCAUUGCCCCGCUAUGGAAUGCAAACCCCAAUCCCCCACCCGAUGCUGUGCGCGGCUUGGGGACCGACGUCGUCUUUGCUGACUCGCUCGCAGACGCUAUCCUUCACUUUGACACCUACAUUUACCAAAGCUUCGUCGUUGCCGGGAAGAGCUUCUACCUUCUCACAGAUGGCCCGUGGGACCUCAAAGACCUGCUCUUUGUUGAAGCGGCGCGCAAAGCCGUCAUCCUUGCGCCCUACUUCCGCACCUAUAUCAACCUUCGAGCCGAUUUUCAGCGUUGUUUUCCCGCCGCCCCUCCCCCGACAGACCGCAAGACCAUGUUCAGCUAUCUCAAUAUUUCUACGGAGCCGCGUGCCUCGGGUCUCGAGGAGUGCGCAGCUCUCGCCUCAGUUGUCCAGUGUCUCUUGCAAGCGGGGCAUGUCUUCUCUCAGCCAGAGUUUGUUUCCGACUACGAAUGGUCCACUAUUCCGAACCGCAUUCCUGCAGUGGCCACACCGCUCGCCUCAGCUGUUCCUGUGGGAGGUAUCAUCAGACUGCGCGGCUUGCCUUGGACCUGCAUCGAACAAGACAUCGUCGAAUUCCUCCACGGAAUUGCCAUAGUUCCAGCGGGCAUCCACUUUGUCAGGAAUGCACACGGCAAAGCUACAGGAGAGGCGUUCGUCCAGUUGGACAGCGCAAAGGGAGUCAGUUUAGCACUCUCCAGACAUAAAGAGAUGAUGGGCAGGCGUUACAUUGAAGUAUUUAAGUCGUCUCCAGUGGAUAUGUCCAACCAUCUAGGUCGUGCAGAUGCGCGGCGAUAUAUGAAUGCUGCGCACAUCCACUCGAAUAAGGGACUUCCCAGUACAUCUGUGAUGGGUCAGACGCCGACUCAAGCGUACUCGAGCACCGCGUCUCAGUCGUCACAAGUGUCUGUGGGGAGCUCCGGUGUAGAUUAUGGCCCGAUGUCUUCCUUUCCUCCGAACGCUACCAUUGGGAUGAUGCCGUCCUCAAAUGUCGCGAGCCACAACUUCAGCAGCGGAAGCUCUUCGCUUCUUUCUCAUCCACAUGGAGUUUCCUCCCGGACAGUACUUGAUCCAGCAUCGACCAUUCCCCUGAAUCAUUCAAGUGUUAUCCCUGCGGCCGCGAUUGGCUCUUCUUAUAUCGUUAAAGUUGUAGGACUGCCGAAAAACACGGGGGCGGAUGAUUUGCUCCCGCUGUUUGAUGACUUGGAAAUCGUGGGUACAGGUAUUCACAUUGUUACUCGUGGUACGAAUGAGAUCGAAUGUACAGGUGAGGCAUACGUCGAGUUAACGUCCGAAGCGUGGGCGAAGAAAGCGAUCACGAGGAGCGGGGCCACUGUAAUAGCUGCGACGGGGAUCAAUCCUGGAAGCCCAAUCCCGACGGGGCCAGUUGAAAUUCGAAGAUCGUCCACUGCGCAGUUGCGGGCGGCCUUAGCGCCCCAGGCUUCAGCCGAGGAAAAAGUUCACGAAAAGCAAAAGGACCGAGGUAAGAGAAACGGAACCGGCCCGAAAGGUACGAAAGGUCACAAAGGGAGUCCGGUAGGCACAAGAUAUUUUCUUCGAAUUCGGAUCAUUGAUGACAAGAUGAGAACGGAGGAUGUCAGGAAGCUCUUUGAAUCAUUCGGCACCGGAGACGAUGAUGUGAAGUUUAUCAAAAGUUCUACUGGCAAUGGGAAUUUGCCCAGUGGUGAAAAGAUGCAAAGCAAGGGACGGGUGGCGCGAGUCACAUUUCGUUCAAAAGAGGCCAGAGACACGGCGAUGUUUUCGAUCGAAAAAGGGGCUCUGGGAGGGCAACAAGUUUAUCUAGAAGACGGUGGUAAUGAUUCCCGAAGCCAUAAGCCAGCUAUUGAAAAAUCUUCUGGAGGCGCUGCGGAUGGGUCCGUAGAGGGAGGCGAUCGGGUAGUUCGCAUGCGCGGUUUACCUUACACUUCGACCGACGAGGAUAUUGUACAAUUUUUUGAUGGGUAUACGAUAGCCCCGGGGGGUAUAUCGCGAGGGAAAGACAGACAUGGCCGUGCUAGUGGAGAGGCUUGGGUGACCUUCGUGUCGGAGGAGGACGCGAAAAAUGUCGUUUCGACUUUGGACAAAGCUCAUAUGGGGAGCCGAUAUAUCGAGCUGAAGUUUUAAGAAAAGUACGCGUAAAAGACAGCGGGGAGUGUGCUCCUAUAACUCCUCCCUGCUUAGUUCAUCGUGUGGGGGAGAAUCGGGGGAUAUCGAAUUAGACGCAAUACCGUAGACUAUUAAAGAGGGAAACAUUAUCCGAAA